GACCUCGGUCUCCUUGCUCCCCUAUCUUUACCCUAGUCGAUCUCCCCGUCGCUUCGGUCUCGACUCCUCGUCUCCUCGGCCGCCGCCGCCGCCGCCGCCGCCGAGCAGAGGCGAUCUCCACCCGCGAGCAGCGGCGCCGUCGCCGGUGUGCUGCUUCUCCCGUCGGACCCUCGCCGGUGAGCACACUUCAAGAUGCCUCGCUAUGAUGACCGUGAUCGCUACGAUGACCGUUACGGCGGCAACACGAGGCUGUACGUAGGUCGUCUUUCCUCGCGCACCCGGACCCGGGACCUUGAAGACCUUUUCGGCAGAUAUGGGAGAGUGCGAUAUGUGGAUAUGAAGCACGAGUUUGCAUUUGUUGAAUUUAGUGAUGCUCGGGAUGCUGAUGAGGCAAGGUACAACCUGGAUGGUCGGGACUUUGAUGGAAGCCGCAUGAUUGUUGAGUUUGCUAAAGGGGUUCCACGUGGCCCUGGAGGAUCACGUGAAUAUAUGGGCAGAGGACCACCACCUGGUUCUGGCCGCUGCUUUAACUGUGGGAUUGAUGGGCACUGGGCCCGUGACUGCAAAGCUGGAGACUGGAAAAACAGAUGCUAUCGGUGUGGAGACAGGGGCCAUAUAGAAAGGGACUGCCGGAACAGCCCUAAGAAUCUCAAGCGUGGAAGAAGCUACUCAAGAUCCCCAUCCCCUCGUCGUGGGAGGAGCCGUGGUAGGAGCUACAGCAGGAGCCGUAGCAGGAGCUACAGCCGCUCCCAGUCUCCAAGGAGGGAUAGCCGUAAUGAAAGGAGAUCAAGGAGCCCUCGUGACAGUCGGAGCCCUAGGGGAAGCCCCCGUGACAGUCGCAGCCCUAGGGGGAGCCCCCGUGACAGUCGCAGCCCUAAGGGGAGCCCUCGCGACACCCAGAGCCCUAGGGGAAGCCCUCGUGAUAGCCGCAGCCCUAGGAGAAGUGCUUCACCACCCAACGGGAGGAACCGCAGCCCUACCCCUAAUGCCAGCAGGAGUCCUGCACCAAGGGACAGCAGGAGCCCAAUGAGAGCUGACAGCCGUAGCCCUGCUGACCAUGAGCGCCGUGACAUGAGUACAGCUGCCAAUGGCCGGAGCCCAAGCCCCAGGGAUUAUGAAGACAAUGGCAAUCAUCGGGCCUCGCCUAGAGGAAGCGCAUCCCCUUGAAUGAGAGGAAGCACAUCCCCUUAAAUGAGAUGUUAGGGGAUGUAUCAGUCUUAAAGUUUAUGAAUCAAUUUAAACCUGUUGGAGAUUUUAGUCAUAUCUAUGAACCUGUUGGGAUUUGAGUGGAUCUGUAUCCUAUUUGUUAUUGACGCCUUUCAUAAGUUGAUAGACCAUGCCAUCUGUUGGUUGUACUCCGAACUGCAUAAAAUGGAAUUUGCGGCCCACCGCGGUUUCUGGAACA